AUGAGCGCCUUAGGGAAUCGUAUGAAAAUGGGCCUGGCAUCUAAUUCAUUUACUCCACAACAUGAUCCGAUGCUGGACACUACUCUUGAAAAACGAAUGUAUUUUGACAUACAAGCAACAACACCUCUUGAUCCAAGGGUUCUUGAUGCAAUGCUACCACUUUACACAACUGUGUUUGGAAACCCGCAUUCCAGAACACACAUACAUGGAUGGCAAGCAGAAAAGGCAGUAGAGAAGGCAAGAGCACAGGUGGCAUCGCUUAUCAACUGCGAUCCAAAAGAACUUAUCUUUACAAGCGGUGCAACUGAAAGUAACAAUAUGGCACUCAAAGGAGUAGCAGGAUUCAAGAUGAAGGAUGGAAAGCCAAUCCAUAUAAUAACACAGGUUACUGAGCACAAGAGUAUUCUUGAUACAUGUAGGAAUCUGGAGGAGGAAGGCGUGGAAGUUACGUAUCUGCCUGUGGGUAGCGAUGGUAUGAUUGAUCUCAAUCAGCUUAAAGCAAGCAUUAAGGAAAACACAGUCUUGGUUUCUAUAAAUGCAGUUAAUAGUGAAAUUGGAGUUAUACAGCCACUGAAGAAGAUAGGAACAAUGUGCAAGGAAAGAGGUGUGCUUUUUCAUACAGAUGCAGCACAAGGCGUGGGAAAGAUACAUAUUGAUGUUGAUGAAAUGAACAUAGAUUUACUGAGCAUGUGUGGACACAAGAUGUAUGGGCCAAAGGGUGUCGGGGCGCUGUAUACCAGGAGAAGGCCCCGCAUCAGGAUGGUUGCUCUUAUGAAUGGAGGAGGGCAGGAGCGAGGACUCAGAAGCGGAACUGUGGCUCCUCCACUGGUCGCAGGCCUUGGAAAGGCUGCAGAGAUUUGCUUGAAAGAGAUGAAGAGAGAUUACAAAAAUAUCAAAGAACUCUCUGACAAGCUCAAAUGCAUGUUUAGAAAGAACAUUGAUGGAGUACUAAUGAAUGGAUCGAAAGAAGGAUUUCCCGGAUGCAUAAAUGUGUCGUUUCCAUAUGUAGAGGGAGAAAGUCUUUUGAUGUACCUGAAGGAUAUUUCGCUUAGUAGUGGAAGCGCCUGCACAUCUGCAUCUCUGGAGCCAUCAUAUGUUCUAAGGGCACUUGGAAGGGAGGAUGACUUAGCACAUUCAUCAAUAAGAUUUGGGAUUGGAAGGUUUACUAUGCCUGAUGAGGUUGAAGCAGUGGGAAAAAAAACGAUUGAGGCAGUAAAUGGCUUAAGGGCAAUGUCCCCUCUCUAUGAGAUGGUCAAAGAGGGGAUUGAUCUCUCGAAGAUUGAUUGGGGCUCAUGA